UGUCUGGGUCUGGGUCUGGAUGACGGUAUGGGGCGGCGUCUCCACAGCUUCCCCCUGAGCGCCGGCCUGUACGGUGACCUGCCCCCCACGGCCCACGAGGCCCACGAGGCCCACGAGGCAGGGGGCUCGGGUAACGCGGCUGCCCAGGGAGCAUCCACCAUCCUGGGGGGCCUCCCGUUGCCCUUCCCCAACCCCGCCCCCGAGGUGGACCUCUCCUCCUCCCCCACCACCACCACCCCACAGGCCCCCGCGGUGCUGAAGACCGCCCCCGGACCCACAGCGACCGCCCCCUACACCACGGGAGCAGAGGCCCUCAACGAGCCGCGCAAGAAGAAAUACGCCAAGGAGGCGUGGCCUGGGAAGAAGCCGACGCCCUCUCUACUCAUCUGAUUGGCUGGGAUCGUGUGUGUGCGUGCGUG